UUCCUUCACCAGGCUGAGCCUUCCUUCUUUUCAUUCCCUCCUCUUUCCUUUGCUCCCUUCUAGCUUCACCGCCGAGUCGGAGAAGUUACAACUCGUACUGUACCAUCUCAGCUGGGCGGGAUUCCCAUAUCUAUAUUAUUCACAAUGGGCGAAUCGUGGUUUCAUAGGGAAUUUCUUACGCCUCGGCGACUCAUCUUCAACGUCUUGUUCUAUGGCCUCCAAUUCUUCUGGUUCGGCCUUGGCUGGUAUCUACAGGAAACCGAUGAGAAGCUGGCUGCCCUCAACGCUCUGACUUGGUCGGUAUGGACCUCUCGAGGCGCCGGUCUUGUUCUUGCUUUCCUAGCUGGCCUACUCCUUCUUCCAAUGUUGCGCAACGUCAUCCGCGUCAUUCGCCCCAAGCUGGCUUGGCUUUUCCCUGCUGAUGAAAACAUAUGGUUCCAUCGUCAAGUUGCUUACUCCAUGGCUUUUUGGGUUAUGGUCCAUACCACUGCUCACUACGUGAAUUUUAUCAAUGUCGAGCGAACUCAGGUUCGGACGGAAUAUGCGUUGCAGAUCCACUAUACACAAGCCGGAGGGAUCACAGGCCAUUUCAUGGUCCUGAUCAUGGUCCUGAUUUACACCACGGCUCAUCGCAAAAUUCGCAACCAGUGUUUCGAGGCCUUUUGGUACACUCACCAUCUCGCAUUCUUCUUUUACGUUGGUUUAUACUCUCAUGCCGAUGGAUGCUUUGUGCGUGACUCGACAAACCCGGAUUACAUUCCGAGCUUCCCGUUCUAUUCCACCGAGCACUGCCUUGGAUACGAAAGCUGGAGGUUUACCAUGUGGCCCGCUGUCCUUUACUUUGGCGAAAGAAUGUACAGAGAGUAUAGGGCUAGGAGAUCUACGAAAUUAUCCAAGGUUCUCGUUCAUCCCAGUGGCGCCAUGGAGCUUCGUAUCGUUAAACCCAGCUUUAAAUAUACUGCUGGUCAAUGGCUAUUCAUCCAAGUACCCGAACUCUCCCGCUUCCAGUGGCAUCCUUUUACCAUUACCUCUGCACCGGAGGACCCUUACGUGUCUGUUCACAUCCGUCAGGUUGGCGAUUGGACUCAUAGUCUGGGUGAACGCCUUGGUUGUGGUCCUUCCGUUGUUGCGGCCAUGACAAAGACUGCGAUGAAAGGCGUCGAGAAAAACGAAGACAUAUAUGGCACGCGUGGUGAAUUUGUCGAACUUGAUUCCGGAACGCUCUCUCGCCCUUUGCCCGAUGUUCGCAUUGACGGCCCUUACGGCGCCCCGGCUGAGGACGUCUUUGACAACGAAGUCGCUGUCCUUGUUGGUGCCGGUAUCGGUGUCACUCCAUUUGCUUCCAUCCUGAAGCACAUCUGGUACCGCCAGAAGAAGGGUAAUAUUGGAUCUUUACGCCGCGUGGAGUUCUUCUGGGUUUGCCGCGAUGCUCCCUCGUUUGGAUGGUUCCAAACCCUCCUGCAAGAAAUCGAGGACGCCCAGUUCGAUCCCAAUUUCCUCAGGAUCAACAUCUAUCUUACUCAGAAGAUUGGAGAAGACAUGCUGUGGAAUAUCGCUGUUAACGAUGCUGGAGCUGAUUUUGACCCCUUGACACUUCUCCGUACCCGCACCAUGUUCGGUCGUCCGGACUGGAAGAGCAUCUAUCGUCGCAUCCGCGAAGCUAUUGAAAUUGGUCAGUACCUGCCCGGCAGUAAUGCCCAACUCAAGACUACAGUUGGCACAUACUUCUGUGGACCUGGUGUCAUGGCCCAUGCAAUCAAGGAGGCUACCCUUCAGCACACAAGCAAGAACGUGAUUUUCAAGUUCGCCAAGGAACAUUUCUGAACAAGCUACUUUCACUGCAUAGCUAUUCUGGUAAUGGCUUCUUGCCGGGAAGAAUGGGAGGAGUGCGAUGAGGCUUUGAGACUGAAGAGAAUUUAUGGGGAAAGCCGCCUGGUCAUUAUUGCUUUAUAUACUGAAAUAUUGCUGAUCUAUGCCCAUAACAAUUGCGUUCAUCAGUAUGUAAGCACGGUCGUGCAAUUGAGGGUAAUUCCACGCGAGUUAAUUAGUCCAUAAAUUGUCAUGUCAAUUGGGUCCUUCAUCGCUGUCAUAGAUCAUGAUAGGUUGUGCAAACGUGCCAAGUCCCAAAGAAUCGUCGUCAGGAGAGGUCGCGAGAGAAAGCCCUGCUUUCAUAAAUAGCUCGUACGUCGGCGGAGAUGUUCUUAGUCUGGACGAAGAGGAUAAUUCUUCGUUCCCAGCAUAAGUCGAUGUAUCAUUAGAUGGUCCUCGGUGGAAGUAACCGUUAAGCGGGUGCCCAGCAGUGGAUCGAGAAGAUGACUUUUGCGACGAUUCAGACGAGUCAAACGCUCUUCUCACCGUGUUAGCACGAGACAUAGGCGGUGAUUUUGAUUGUGGAGUGGAAGGAUUGGAACUAGCGCGACCUUUUGGGGCGUUGGGGCGUUUUACAAGGACGACUUCGUGAUCCUCAUCCCAGGUGAGAUCGACAAAGCUUCUGCAUGGAGAAAUACGAGUUUUCUUUCCCUUUCGAAUGGGAAGUCGUAUGGAGCCAGGCCUGUGCAGCGCCAUCUUCUUAAGGACAUUGCGAGCCACUUGCAAUGGAUGAGGAACAACGGAUAUCAUCGGAGGAUUUAAAUCAGGUUCUCACUGGUUUUGAUUUUCGACGGGGUUUUCACCCGAUCCACGGAGCGGCCCAGACGAAUCUUCUUUAAGAAUGGUGUCCCGGAAUAACACGCGCUUUGAGCACGGCGCGAUAACACAACGUUGCGUCGUUUCUUAGCCAUCCUUUAUUGAGGUACAAGAUGGUCAGUGGCUAAUGCACAAGUGUUGAACUUCGCACAUGUUAUGAUAAGUAGCAUGGGCCGCGGUUACAAGAGGAGAGAAUUGAGCUUUAACCCAAGAGCGAAGAUCUGUAAAGCCGCGUUCCAUGUAGAAAGCAGCAAUAAUGACCUCAAACGUGUCUGCUGCAGCCUUGGUGGUCCUUGAUUCUGAGUCAAGGUGAUGGACGCCAGCUUUUACCAUCAAGUGAGUGAACGUAGCAUUGGCGUUGAUGGCUGCGCGAAGACUCGUGUACAUUCCUGGAGAAGCAUCGGGAAAGAUUUCAUUGAGGUAAAGGGCGACAGAAGCAUGAAGUAAAGCAUCGCCCAGGAACUCAAGACGCUGUUUCUCAGAAGAAGAGCAGCGCACCAAUGCAUCGCAAUCAUCCAAGGAUGGGAGAGAGAAAGCGUAGCUGUCAUCUUCAAUCGCUGUUAUAAUUGCAGACUGCAGCGCCUCGUGGAGACCCAUAGUGCAAUUGAGAGGAGACAAGCGUGGCUGAAGAUCGACACCCUGAGCGAGAGUCUAGCUGAAGUACGCGUCAAAUGUUAGCCCUGAGGAG